AUGUCUCUGUCCUCCAUCUUCAUCAAUGGUGAGGAGGUAUAUCUGGUACACGAAAUCCUGAAUUCCACACACUGGGAAGGAAACCUACACUACCUAGUCGAUUGGGAGGGUUUUGGCCACAAGGGAAGAUCAUGGAUCAACAAGAAGGACAUUCUAGCAUCAAGUGCUGCUUGCAGAGGGAGAAACAUCAACAUCAACUACAGAAACAUCUACAUUAACUACAGAAACUUCCACAACAGAAUCAACAACAACCCCUGCUUCAACAUCUACAUCAACUACAGAAACUUCCACAACCGAAUUAACAACAAGCCCUGCUUCAACAUCUACAUCAACUACAGGAACUUCUACCAUCGAAUCAACAACAAACUCUGCUUCAAUAACCGAAUCAACAACCCUUGCAGAAACAUCUACAUUAACUACAGAAACAUCUACAACCGAAUCAACAACAAGCCCUGCUUCAACAUCAUCUACAUCGACUACAGAAACCUCUACAACCGAAUUAACAUCAACCCCUGCAGAAACAUCGACAUCACCUACAGAAACAUCUACAUCAACUACAGAAACAUCUACAACAGAAUUAACAUCAACCCCUGCAGAAACAUCUACAUCAACUACAGAAACAUCUACAUCGACUACAGAAACUUCCACAACAGAAUCAACAACAACCCCUACUUCAACAUCUACAUCAACUACAGAAACUUCCACAACCGAUUCAACAACCAUACCUGCUUUAACAUCUACAUCAACUACAGAAACAUCCACAACCGAAUUAACAACAAUACAGAAACAUCUACAACUGAAUCAACAACCAUACCUGUUUUAACAUCUACAUCAACUACAGAAUCAUCUACAACUGAAUCAACAACCAUCCCUGUUUUAACAUUUACAUCAACUACAGAAUUAUCUACAACUGAAUCAACAACCCUUGCAGAAACAUCUACAUUAACUACAGAAACAUCUACAACGGAAUCAACAACACCCCCUGCUUCAACAUCAUCUACAUCAACUACAGAAACAUCCACAACCGAAUUAACAACAAGCCCUGCUUCAACAUCAUCUACAUUGACUACAGAAACCUCUACAACCGAAUUAACAUCAACCCCUGCAGAAACAUCGACAUCACCUACAGAAACAUCUACAUCAACUACAGAAACAUCUACAACAGAAUUAACAUCAACCCCUGGAGAAACAUCUACAUCAACUACAGAAACAUCUACAUCGACUACAGAAACUUCCACAACAGAAUCAACAACAACCCCUGCUUUAACAUCGACGUCAACUACCGAAACAUCUACAACCGAAUCAACAACAACCCCUGCUUUAACGUCUACAUCAACUACUGAAACAUCUACAACCGAAUCAACAACAACCCCUGCUUCAUUUUCUACAUUAACUACAGAAACAUCUACAUUAACUACAGAAGCAUCUACAAUUGAAUCAACAACCAUCCCUGCUUUAACAUCUACAUCAAUUACAGAAACAUCUACAACCGAAUCAACAACCAUCCCCGUUUUAACAUCUACAUCAUUUACAGAAACAUCUACAUCAACUACAGAAACAUAUACAACUGAAUCAACAACCAUCUCUGUUUUAACAUCUACAUCAACUACAGAAAUAUCUACGUCAACUACAGAAACAUCUACAACGGAAUCAACAACAACCCCUGCUUUAACGUCUACAUCAACUACAGAAACAUCCACAACCGAAUUAGCAACAAGCCCUGCUUCAACAUCUACAUCGACUACAGAAACAUCUACAUCAACUACAGAAACAUCCACAACUGAGUCUACAACAACCCCUGCUUCAACAUCCACAUCAACUACAGGAACUUCUACCACCGAAUCAACAACAACCUCUGCUUCAAUUUCUACAUCCACUACAGAAACAUCUACAACGGAAUCAACAACAACCCCUGCUUUAACGUCUACAUCAACUACAGAAACAUCCACAACCGAAUUAACAACAAAAACCUCUACAACCGAAUCAACAACAACCCCUGCUUCAUUGUCAUCAACUACAGAAACAUCUACAUUAACUACAGAAACAUCUACAGCUGAAUCAACAACCAUCCCUGCUUUAACAUCUACAUCAACUACAGAAACAUCCACAACCGAAUCAACAACAACCCCUGCUUCAACAUCUACAUCGACUACAGAAACCUCUACAACCGAAUCGACAACAACCCCUGCUUCAUUGUCUACAUCAACUACAAAAACAUCGACAUUAUCUACAGAAACAUCUACAAUUGAAUCAACAACCAUCCCUGCUUUAACAUCUACAUCAACUACAGAAACAUACACAACCGAAUCAACAACAACCCCUGCUUCAACAUCUACAUCGACUACAGAAACCUCUACAACCGAAUCAACAACAAGCCCUGCUUCAUUGUCUACAUCAAUUACAGAAACAUCUACAUUAACUACAGAAACAUCUACAAUUGAAUCAACAACCAUCCCUGCUUUAACCUCUACAUCAAGUACAGAAACCUCUACAACCGAAUUAACAUCAACCCCUGCAGAAACAUCGACAUCACCUACAGAAACAUCUACAUCAACUACAAAAACAUCUACAACAGAAUUACCAUCAACCCCUGCUGAAACAUCUACAUCAACUACAGAAACAUCUACAUCAACUACAGAAACUUCCACAACAGAAUCAACAACAACCCCUGCUUUAACAUCUACAUCAACUACCGAAACAUCCACAACCGAAUUAACAACAAGUCCUGCUUCAACAUCUACAUCGACUACAGAAACAUCUACAUCAACUACAGAAACAUCCACAACCGAAUCAACAACAACCCCUGCUUCAACAUCUACAUCGACUACAGAAAUCUCUACAACCGAAUCAACAACAACCCCUGCUUCAUUGUCUACAUCAACUACAGAAACAUCUACAUUAACUACAGAAACAUCUACAACUGAAUCAACAACCAUACCUGUUUUAAUAUCUACAUCAACUACAGAAUCAUCUACAACUGAAUCAACAACCAUCCCUGUUUUAACAUCUACAUCAACAACAGAAACAUCUACGUCAACUACAGAAACAUCUAGAAUCGAAUCAACAGCCCAUGCAGAAACAUCUACAUUAACUACAGAAACAUCUACAAUGGAAUCAACAACACCCCCUGCUUCAACAUCAUCUACAUCAACUACAGAAACAUCCACAACCGAAUCAACAACAAGCCCUGCUUCAACAUCAUCUAUACCGACUACAGAAACCUCUACAACCGAAUUAACAUCAACCCCUGCAGAAACAUCAACAUCACCUACAGAAACAUCAACAUCAACUACAGAAACAUCUACAACAGAAUUAACAUCAACCCCUGCAGAAACAUCUACAUCAACUACAGAAACAUCUACAUCAACUACAGAAACUUCCACAACCGACUCAACAACCAUCCCUGCUUUAACAUCUACAUCAACUACAGAAACAUCCACAACUGAAUUAACAACAAGCCCUGCUUUAACAUCUACAUCGACUACAGAAACAUCUACAUCAACUACAGAAACAUCCACAACUGAGUCUACAACAACCCCUGCUUCAACAUCUACAUCAACUACAGGAACUUCUACCACCGAAUCAACAACAACCUCUGCUUCAAUGUCUACAUCCACUACAGAAACAUCUACAGCUGAAUCAACAACCAUCCCUGCUUUAACAUCUACAUCAACUACAGAAACAUCAACAACUGAAUCAACAACCAUCCCUGUUUUAACAUCUACAUCAACUACAGAAACAUCUACAUCAACUACAGAAACAUCUACAACUGAAUCAACAACCAUCCCUGCUUCAACAUCUACAUUAAUUACAGAAACAUCUACCACUGAAUCUACAACAGCCCCCGCUUCAACAUCUACAUCAACUACAGAAACAUCAACAACUGAAUCAACAACCAUCCCUGUUUUAACAUCUACAUCAACUACAGAAACAUCUACAUCAACUACAGAAACAUCUACAACUGAAUCAACAACCAUCCCUGCUUCAACAUCUACAUUAAUUACAGAAACAUCUACCACUGAAUCUACAACAGCCCCCGCUUCAACAUCUACAUCAACUACAGAAACUUCUACAACCGAAUCAACAACCAUCCCUGCUUUAACAUCUACAUCAACUACAGAAGCAUCCACAACCGAAUCAACAACAACCCCUGCUUCAACAUCUACAUCGACUACAGAAACCUCUACAACUGAAUCAACAACAACCCCUGCUUCAUUGUCUACAUCAACUACAGAAACAUCUACAUUAACUACAGAAACAUCUACAAUUGAAUCAACAACCAUCCCUGCUUUAACAUCUACAUCAACUACAGAAACAUCUACGUCAACUACAGAAACAUCUUCAACCAAAUUAACAACAACCCCUGCACAAACAUCUACAUCAACUACAGAAACAUCUACAACUGUAUCAACAACCAUCCCUGUUUUAACAUCUACAUCAACUACAGAAACAUCUACAAUGGAAUCAACAACAACCCCUGCUUUAACGUCUACAUCAACUACAGAAACAGCCACAACCGAAUCAACAACAAGCCCUGCUUCAACAUCUACAUCAACUACAGAAACUUCUACAACUGAAUCAACAACCAUCCCUGCUUUAACGUCUACAUCAACUGCAUCAAUCGAAAUAACAACAACCUCUGCAGAAACAUCUACAUUAACUACAGAAACAUCUACAACUGAAUCAACAACCAUCCCUGUUUUAAUACCGACAUCAGUUACAGAAACAUCUACAACAACAACAACCCCUGCUUUAACAUCUACAACUGAAUCAACAACAACCCCUGCUUCAACAUCUACAUAUACUACAGAAACAUCUACAACCGAAUCAACAACAAUCCCUCCGCCAACAUCUACAUCCACUGCAGAAACAUCUACAACUGAAUCAACAACAACCCCUGCUUCGACAUCAACGUCAACUACAGAAUCAUCUACAACCAAAAUAACAACAAUCCCCACUUCAACAUCUACAUCUUCUACAGAAGCAUCUACAACUGAAUCAACAACAACCCCUGCUUCAUCAUCUACAUCAACUACAGAAUCAUCUACAAUUGAAUCAACAAUAAUGCCUGCUUUUACAUCUACAUCAAAUAUAGAAACAUUUACAUUGACUACAGAAAGAUCUACAACCAAAUCAACAACAACUGAUUUAACAUUAACAUCAACUGCAGAAACAUCCACAACGGAAUCAGCAACAAUCCCUGCUUCAACAUCUUCAUCUACUACAGAAAUAUCUACUUUAACUACAGAAACAUCUACAACCGAAUCAACAACAGCCCCUGCUUCAACAUCUACAACUCAAAUAAAUGUACCAACAUCUACAGUUCAGACAACAGUUGUACCAACAACACAAUCAACGUCUACACCUCACACAACUCUACCAUCAACUACAUCAUCUACAACUCAACCAACAACUGUAGAGAUAUUUUCAUCAACAUCUACAGUUCAGACAACAAUUGUACCAACAUUAGCAUCUACAGCUCAAAUAAUUAUACCAACAACUACAGUUCAGACAACAACUGAACCUACAUCAACUUCUACAACUCAACCAACAACUGUGCCGACGUCCCUAUUAACAUCUACAACUCAAUCAACAACUGUACCCACAUCUACAAUUCAGACAACAACUGUAACAACAACAUCAUCAACAUCUACAGCUCAAGCAACAACUUCACCAACAACUACAGUUCAGACAACAACAACUGAACCAACAACAUCAACAUCUGCAACUCAAACAAGAACUGAACCGGCAUUGCUAUUAACAUCUACAACUCAGUCAACAACUGUACCAACAUAUACAUCAACAUCUACAAAUCAAACAACAACUGUACCAACAUCUACAGUUCAGACAACAUCUGUACCAACAACAUCAUCUACAUCUACAGCUCAAACAACAACUUCACCUACAACUACAGUUCAGAUGACAACAACAACUGAACCAACAUUAUUAACAUCUACAACUCAACCAACAACUGAAACAGCAUCCCUAUUAGCAUCUACAACUCAAUCAACAACUGUGCCAACAUAUACAUCAACAUCUACAACUGAAUCAACUGUUGUACCAACAUACCCAUUACCAUCUACAACUCAAACAACAUCUACAACUCAAACAACAACUGUACCAUCCUCUACAGUUCAGGCAACAACAAUACCAACAACAUCAUCAACCUCUACAGCUCAAACAACAUCUGUACCAACAUCUACAGUUCAGAUAACUGUACCAACAACGUCAUCAACAUCUAUAACUCAAACAACAACUGAACCAACAUCUCCAAUUCAAUCAACAGUGUUCAAACCACAACAACAACAACUUUCAAUCAACAACUGUACCAACAUCAACAUCUACAACUCAAACACAUGUACCAACAUCGGCAGUUCAAACAACAACUGUACAAACACCAUCAACUUCUACAACUCAACCAACAACUGUACCAACAUCCCUAUUAACAUCUACAGUUCAGACAACAACUGUACCAACACCCUCAUCAAUAUCUACAACUCAAGCAACAAUUGUACUAACAUCCUCAUCAACAUCUACAACUCAAACAACAACUGUACCAACAUCCCCAUUAACAACUACAGCUCAAACAACAACUGUACCAACAUCCUCAUCAACAUCUACAACUCAAACAACAUCUACAACUCAAACAACAAUCUUACCAACAUCCUCAUCAACAUCUACAACUCAAACAACUUAACAUCCUCAUCAACAUCUACAACUCAAACAACAACCUUACCAACAUCCCCAGCAACAUCUACAACUCAAACAACAACUGUACCAACAUCCUCAUCAACAUCUACAACUCAAACACCAACUGUAUCAACAUCUACAACUCAAACAACAACUGUACCAACAUCCUCAUCAGCAUCUACAACUCAAACAACAACCUUGCCAACAUCUCUAUCAACAUCUACAGCUCAAACAACAACUGUACCAACAUCCUCAUCAACAUCUACAACUCAAACACCAACUGUACCAACAUCCUCAUCAACAUCUACAACUCAAACACCAACUGUAUCAACAUCUACAACUCAAACAACAACUGUACCAACAUCCCCAUCAACAUCUACAGCUCAAACAACAUCUACAACUCAAACAACAAUUGUACCAACAUCCUCAUCAACAUCUACAACUCAAACAACAUCUACAACUCAAGCAACAACCUUACCAACAUCCCCAGCAACAUCUACAACUCAAACAACAACUGAACCAACAUCCUCAUCAACAUCUACAACUCAAACACCAACUGUAUCAACAUCUACAACUCAAACAACAAUUGUACCAACAUCCUCAUCAACAUCUACAACUCAAACAACAUCUACAACUCAAACAACAAUUGUACCAACAUCCUCAUCAAGAUCUACAGCUCAAACAACGUCUACAACUCGAACAACAACCUUACCAACACCCCCAGCAACAUCUACAACACAAACAACAACUGUACCAACAUCCUCAUCAUCAUCUACAACUCAAACAACAUCUACAACUCAAACAACAACUGUACCAACAACUACAAAUCAAACAACAACCUUACCAACAUCCCCAUCAACAUCUACAACUCAAACAACAACUGUACCAACAUCCUCAUCAACAACUCAAACAACAGCUGUACCAACAUCCUCAUCAACAUCUACAACUCAAACAACAACUGUACCAACAUCCUCAUCAACAUCUACACCUCAAACAACAACUCUACCAACAUCCUCAUCAACAACUCAAACAGCAACUUUUGUCAUGCACCUUCAAACAAACAUCAGUGGGACCUUCAGGAUUACUGUGAAGAAAUCCAAAAAAUUGCUGACCUGA